AUGCUCCGUCCUAUCGUGAUCUCAGGUCCCAGUGGUACUGGCAAAUCUACUUUGCUAAAGAUGCUCUUUGCAGAGUUCCCAGAUUCUUUUGGCUUCUCUGUCUCUUCAACUACCAGAAAGCCAAGACCAGGUGAGGUAGAUGGCAAGGAUUAUAACUUUACUACCGUGGAGGAGUUUAAGAAGAUGAUUGAUCAGAAUAAGUUCAUCGAAUGGGCUCAAUUCUCAGGCAGCUACUACGGUACCACAGUGGCAUCUGUAAAGAACGUUCUCGAUUCUGGAAAACUCUGUCUUCUAGAUAUCGAUAUGCAGGGCGUUAAGUCAGUUAAGAAGACCGACUUGAAUGCGAGAUUCUUGUUUAUUGCUCCUCCAUCUCUUGAUAUUCUAAAGGAUAGAUUAAGCGGUCGCGGUACUGAGUCCACCGAGUCUAUGAAUAAGAGAUUGGAAGCUGCUGUUGCCGAAAUGGAAUACGCAGAGACAGGUGCACAUGACAGCAUUAUUGUUAACGACAAUCUAGACAAGGCAUAUGCUGAGCUUAAGAAGUUCAUUUUUGAGCAAUGA